AUGUCAACUUGUCAACUCAGAAUGGCUCAAGCAUUUCACGUCUCUUCUUCUCUUCCGGGCAAUAGUCCCCCCUUAAAACCAAGUAAUUGUGGCUCCGACCUGGCUGCGCGCCUCAACGCCGCGACUCUGGUGGAGUCUGCGCCCGAUGAGGCACCACGCACAGCAAGGUCGGAGCCCAAGAAGGUGAUUGUGGUGGGGGCUGGAAUUUCAGGUCUUCGUGCUGCUGCUGUUUUGCAGCGUCACGGUUGUGAGGUUGUCGUGCUUGAAGCUCGCGAUCGCAUCGGUGGACGAAUUCUGACCAGCCGGAACGGAGAGCAUGUUCGAGAUAUUGGUGCGGCUUGGAUGCACGAAACUUCCCAGAAUGGUCUGGUGAAGCUCAUCCCAAGGCUAAACAUCCCUUACUAUUAUGAUGACGGCGCCCCGCUCUAUUUUACCCGCGAGGGUCGCGCCGGUUCGCAAUUCAAGGCGAAAAAGGUCGCCGAUGAAUUCGCCGAUUACUGCGAGUGGUAUUACGAAACCCACCCCGACGCCGAGGAUCGUCCCGUCGACGAAUUCGUCCGGGAGUUUGUCCUCGAGCACCAGCUUAUUAGCGAUGAUGAGCGUAUCUGGGCGCCUCAGGCCGUCCGCGAAGUGGAAUUGUGGCUCGGAACCAGUACGACCCUCGCCUCUUCGAAACAUUUGUCUUACUUUAUAACCGAGCGGAACCUGUACAUGAAAGGCGGAUAUGAUCGCAUUGUGAACUGGACCGCCGAGCCUCUCCGUGAGGAUCCCAGCAUCAUCCGUCUAAACCACCACGUCGAGGACGUCGAGUGGAAUGAGGAGGGCACUGCGCCCACCCGCGUCCGAUACCGAGAUGCGACCGGAGCUACUGGGAUCGUGGAAGGAGAUGCCGUGGUGAUGAGCUGCCCGCUGGGCGUCUAUCACCACAACCUGAUUAAUUUCAACCCCCCCUUGCCGAGUGACAUCCAAGAGGGCAUGUCCAAAUUCAGCUACGGCGCAUUGGGCAAGGUUUUUUUUGAAUUCACCGAUGUAUUCUGGCCCAAAGACAACGACCAGUUUAUCUUCUACCCUUCCCCUUCGGAAGAGGACCUGGAUACUGUCUCCGGAUCCUCGGUCAAUUCGUCCAACAGCAUGGGCUCCAUCCAGGAAAAGGACAACAUCCUCAAUUACGCCACUGUCACCAUCAACUUGUGGAUCAUGACCGGCGGCAAGGAACUAUGUGUUCAAAUCGCCGAGCCUCUUACUCAGCGCAUUGAGGCCAUGACCGACAAGAAGGAGAUCUAUCGCUUCUUCGAACCUCUCUUCAAACUGCUCCGCGCGGAGCCAUACAAAGCACUCCCACGUCUGGUCAGUGUUGAAACUACACACUGGACCCAGGACCCGCUGGCCGGGUACGGGACCUACUCUGCCGACAAGGUCGGGGACGAACCGGAACUUCUAAUCGAAGCCUUUGAAAACCACAAAGACAGUGCCAUGCAAUUUGCAGGUGAGCAUUGUACUAUGGUGGCGAAUGGCUGUGUACACGGUGCGUAUAAGACGGGUGAAACCGCUGCGUCCAACCUACUGCACAGAUUUGGUAUUCCUUAUGACGGACAUGAUGCCGUCAGUGACGCUGUUCUCAAAUAA